UCACAAAGAAAACUUUCUCCUUAGUCACCCUCACAGAAAAAAUUCUCCUUUUAUCUUUUCCCACAAAUUAAAAAUUAAAAGAUUAAAAAGCUACGAACGUUCGUUUGGAUCUCCCGCACGUAUAAAUACCCAGUUGGACCCAAAUCGAAAGACACAAGAAAAACACAAAAAAAAAAAAAUUCCGACAUAGGGAAAAUGAACUCAAACUCUCAACAUUCUCACGACACGGUUUCUUGGGUACGAGGAAAAUGCGUAGGAAGAGGGUCGUUCGGCACCGUCAGCAUCGGGGUCAGCAAACCGGACGGUCGUGUCUUCGCCGUCAAAUCCGUCGACCAAGCCGCGUGUCUUCCCGGCCAGCUAGAGGCGCUGGAGAACGAAAUUCGAAUUCUCCGGUCGCUAUCCUCUCCGCACGUCGUCAGUUACCUCUGCGACGACGUGUCGUGCGAAACGGGGAGCGGUUCCGCGACGUCGUUUCGGAACCUCCACUUGGAGUACUUGCCAGGUGGCACGGCAGUAGAUGCUGAAGUGGACGAAACGACGCUGCGGUCGCGCGUUUGGUGCGUCGUUGCGGCGCUGAGGGACGUUCACUCGAAGGGCAUUGUUCACUGCGACGUCAAGGGUAAAAAUGUCCUGGUGGGCCCCGCGAUUAACCAAGCCAAGCUCGCCGAUUUCGGUUCUGCGAUUAUCUUAUCGGAUGACACGUGUACGGCCAGGAUCACACCACGAGGAAGUCCGCUUUGGAUGGCACCGGAGGUGAUUAACGGGAAAUAUCAGGGACCGGAGUCCGACGUAUGGUCGUUAGGCUGCACGGUUAUCGAGAUGGUGACCGGAAAGCCCGCGUGGGAGGAUCGCGGGUUGGAGAUGCUGGCUCGGAUCGGGGUUUCGGACGGGUUGCCCCGAUUCCCGAGCCGGUUAUCGGAAACUGGUCGCGACUUUCUCGACAAGUGUCUGAGGAGGGACCCGAAGGAGCGGUGGAGCUGCGAUCAGUUGCUGCAGCAUCCAUUUUUGGCUUCCCUCUCUCCAAAUGCGGUCGCCGCCGACUCGUCACCUCGCUGCGUUCUCGACUGGCCUAACUCCGAGUUCGGUGAUCAAAACGACGACGUUGAGGAUGACGAGGACGAUGAGGAGUACAAGGUUUCUGCCACGAAUAGAAUAGGUAAAUUGGCGACGAUGGGAGGGGCAAACUGGGAAUCGGAUGGAUGGACGGUGGUGAGGAAUUAUUCAGGUGGCGGGAGCUCUUGCGAGGAAGAAGGGACAAGCGGCGGGGAAUAUUUGGAUUGUGGAGGGGUAAAAUUGGAAAUUGAGAGCUUUAGUGGCGGUGGUUCAGUGGAGCGGGGUGUUAAUUACUGUGGGUGGUGCGCAGUUGGCGCCAGCGAUUCUGACAUGCAAAUCCGUUAUCUUAACAGGGGAUCCGAUAAUGACCCGACUCAUUAA